AUGAUGUUGAUGUUGUUGUUGUUGUUGUUGUUGUUGUUGUUGUUGUUGUCAACGUCAUUCAAGUAUACAUACGCCGGUCCGAUCAGUCUGAUAGACGAAGCUUUUCCUGGAAUUGGCAAGUUGCCAGAUGGCGUCAGCGUGGUUUAUGACGUCACGAGUCACGUGCACGCGCUACAAUUCUUACCAAACACCAAAGAUGUCCAUCUUUCCGCAUCGUCCAUCUUCCAAAAGUGCCAGUAUUUUCCAGAGGAAUUCUCUCUGUUCUUUAUAUUUAAAUACAUAAAUGUUUCUUCACACGAAACAUGUUUACUGUCAAUAACAAACGCGGAAGGGACGCUAAUGUCAGUUUGUCUUUCAAAACAAAAGUUUAUAUUCACUUAUAACAAUAAAAGGACGCGUUUUAGAGCGUCUGUGUUGACUAUAAACGUAUGGCACACAGUAGGGUUUAGUGUUACGGGUGGACACGUUGCCAUGACAACGGAUUGCCUGAAUGUGAGGCAGCGCCGCCUUCGCCGGAAGUUCCCCAGCUUCCUGGAGGUAGAGGCAGCCGACAUCCACAUAGGAAGCUGUCCUGGCUGCCGACUGGCAUUCACGGGUUUGUUAAAAGACGUUGUUAUGGUACCGGGAGCAGAUGUUGUCCGGCGCGCAUGCCCACCGCGCGCACCCCGCAGCGCCCUCCUUGACAACAAAAUCCCACAGGAAACAGGUAUGUAUACAAUCGCCUACCAGUCCGUGGGUCCGGACUGGGCGGGAUGCCGCUGGACGGACGUUGGUAGCCUCGCGUUUGACGUUUACUCGCGCUCCAUCAAGGCGUGCGUCAACGGCGUCUGGCAACACGUCACUACGCAUGCGCCAGACGUUCCGAAGCGGCGGGAACUCGACUACCUGUCGGUACACCAUGACGUCAUCACGCCAGCGCCGUCCAUUGACGUUGAGCUCUUCCACAUCCCUGGGGAGGGCCUCUUUGCCGUCUUUGCGAACUCGGAUGCCGGUGACCGUGGAGUUUCCGGUCUCUUCAAGUGGGUGGACGACAACUUCCGGCCAUACCAGCGACUCCCGUCUGUAUCCGCCCAAGGCUGGCGUCACUUCACAAUAGGCGCCAAUUUUUAUCUUGCGGUGGCAAACUACGGUAACGACUCGAGCCGAGGGACUAAUUCCACAAUAUUCAAGUGGCAUCGACACCGGAAAAAGUUCCGGGAGUUCCAAACGCUAAUUACGUACACGGCACGUGACAUGGAAUUCUUCACCAUCGGAGAAGAGCACUUCCUGGCAGUGGCCAACCACGCUAUAGGAGCCGACCAGCAAGUGGACUCCGUCAUAUACCGGUGGGACCGGAAGCUGCGCCGCUUCACAAGCCACCAGACCAUCCGCACAACAGGCGCGUAUGACUGGACAUACUUCAAGGUGGACGGCUACCACUUCCUGGCCGUGGCGCAAGCAUUCAAUGGCCGUUCGACUCUCAUUGAUUCCGUUAUUUACGUGUACCAGAAAGACAAAUUUCUGCCUUUUCAGAGUAUAGAGACUAACGGGGCGACAGACUGGGAGUUUUUCACUGCAGGCGGCGAGGCAUUCCUGGCGGUGGCGAACGCGUACAAUUACGGGCCGCAGAACUUCCGGAAUGCAGACACACAGCGGACAAACUCCUCCAUCUUCCGGCUUGACGUCCGCAAGCGCGCCUUCGUAAAGUAUCAGACCAUAGAAACUAACAGUGCCAUAGACUGGGAACACUUUACCCUCGGGGGCGACCACUAUCUCCUCGUCUCCAACGCACAGAACGGGGGCGGGGAGGCGGACCGGCUAACCACCAUGUACCGUCUUCAGGGCGUCGACCGCUUCGUGCCCGUCCAUCAAAUGUUCCUUGAGCCGUCUGCUGACUGGGAGGUCUUUCAGGACGGGGAAGAUGUCUACUUCCUGUACGCCAAUGCAAAGGGACGAAAGUCGCAAGUGCUGAGGGCGGUCUUUAAGUGAGCGGU